UGAGUGUAAACGAGAAAACCAAAAUAAGAUCGUGAAAAUUGAUAUUGAUUCAUUGGUCGCGAAAAAUAAUUAUACGUUCCGUGUUCAUACUAAAAUGAUAAAAUGGGAACAAUAGCAUCCGUGUUGCAAUGGAAUUGUACAAUCUGUUACGCGAUUAAUCCAGUUGAGAAUACUCAUUGCUUGAAUUGCAGAAAAGGGAGAAAUUUGCAAAAAGCCAAUUUGAAAAACGGGAAAAUCCAAUCAAAAAGAACAAACUACAAUAAAGUUUUACCCAAAGUUAAUGAUAGUUUGGCAAUAGCUCAUAAGAAAAUAAACAAAAAAAAUCUCGACCAGCAAGUAAAUCCUAUCAAGCACUCAAAUGAUUGUGUUAAUAUUCGACGAUAUUCUUCACAACCCAAUGUUCACCGAGUUUGGACUUGUUAUAAUUGCUGUUUUAUAAAUAAUUCGAUAACAUGGCAUUGUAUCCGCUGUGAUUCGAUCAGUGCAUUGGCACCCGUUUAUAAAGAACUUAAAGCAAACGAAGCUCUAUCAGAUCAGCUCAAUAAGAACGGAAAAUAUAGCGCUCAAGAAACAUCAAAAGACAAGGGCAUCAGUAAAAGCAUGGAUUCGCUUACGAAAAAAAAAUGCCAACUUUGCAUAUUCAACCGUUUUGAUUUAACUGAAAGUAAAUGUAUUCAUUCCACGAUCGAAACGACUAGAUCGUCCUUCAAACGUAACCAAAAUAAAAUGAACCAAAGUUUGGCACUCGUUGUUCCAUGCAAAUCACCUGAACUGAGCAGUUCGAAACAAUUCACGAUCAGCACACUAACCAAAAAGAAACAUAUACAGGAUUCGAGAAAUUCUAAUAAAAUCAAGCAUCCGGAUUGUGGUAUACUGGUCACAGUGCGGGAUUGGAUUCUACAUACUGCCGCUACUUCUCUUAGCGCCAACGAAUUAGUAUAUUCUAAAACCGAAAAUAUAGGCGCAAUAAAAUCAGAAAAUAAUGAUGAAAACGAUCAUCAAGUCAUUUACGCUGUGAUAAACAAACAAAAAAACCAAAAUGGUGACUCAAAUCAUGUAAAUAGAAAUAGCGAUCUGAAAACAACAAAGCAUGAGCAGUAUUACGAAAAUAUCUCGCGCGCUGAUGAUAACUCAAAACAACUAUCCAAUCCGAGCAUAAUAACUCACGAGAAAUUAAAACCUCCUCGAAAGACUGACAAUUACAACAACAACCCCCGAACAGGAUUGGAAACAUCACAUUAUGCAGAAGUGAAUAAGAAGAAUAAACAAAAAUGUCAUCAAGCACCGAGCAAGUUAUGGAUUUGUAUUAACUGUUCCUACUCAUAUAAUGUUGAAUCUUGUCAUGAGUGCGAUGUAUGUGGAGCUUCAAAAUUAGAUAAUACGACAACAGCGGGAGACAAACAUUUUUACGAUGGCUACAGGGAACAUGAACUCAUGACAUCAAAAUAUAAUGAUUUACGACAAUCACCAUCAUUAUCCCAGUCAAAGUUUAAAGAGAUUUUCGAAUUGACAAAGGUACCUAUGGCAUCUAUAGAACAGGAUUUAGAGGAAGAUUAUGCAACUACAAUCGCCUCUAAGAGCUCAGCCGACCAUGAUUGGACAUGCAAGAAAUGCACUUUAGUAAAUAAAAGUUCUUCAAUAGUUUGUAUGGCUUGCGGUGGCUCCAAACUACAAAGUGUUUGGGUCAAAGAGGAAACCACUAUGAAAAAAGGAGAGUUUUGGACAUGCACAAAGUGCACUUUGAAAAAUUCAAUUUAUAUCAGUUUUUGUGGUGCAUGUAAAUAUCCAAACGAAAACUAUUCUGAAGAUACGUUGACACACCUGAAUGCGCCCAAAAUUCAUCCCUCUCCAAAAACAAGUAACAUUCGUAACUCCGGAGCAAUACCUAAACGGCAUAGCACCGGGAGCUUGAUCACAAAGGCUUAUUUUAAUACCUCAGAUGCAAAUCCGAAACAUCUUAAAAAAACUUGGUGCUGUCCAGCUUGCACGUUUGAAAAUUCUUCAGCAAGUGUAGUUUGUGAUAUAUGUUCUAGUCAUCGUUUAAUUGGAAAGGUUCUUUCUAAUAAUUUGAGCAAUGAAAAUACGAAGCGCGGAAGACAAUUGACGGAAAAUUUGCAAAAGUUUGAGGAAUCUGAAGCACUGAACAAAUGGAUAAAUAUUAUUCAAUACUGUAAAGAAAAUAAUGAAUUAUUUGUAGAUGAUUCUUUUCCACCUGCGACUAGAAGCUUAUAUUAUAACCCUGCCAGUGAAUCUGAUUCAAAUCCUGUGGUGCAGUGGAAACGUCCUAGCGAAAUAAAUUGUGACGGAGGAGAUUACCCACCGUGGGCUGUAUUUCGUACGCCGCUCCCAUCGGAUAUUUGUCAAGGAGUUUUAGGAAACUGUUGGCUUCUUAGUGCAUUAGCUGUUCUUGCAGAAAGGGAAGAUUUGGUACGUGAAGUUUUGGUUACAAAAGACAUUUGUCCCCAGGGAGCGUAUCAAGUAAGACUUUGUAAAGAUGGUAAAUGGACAAAUGUGUUGGUAGAUGACUUGUUACCUUGCGACAAAAAAGGUCAUCUGGUUUACUCCCAAGCUAAACGAAAGCAACUUUGGGUACCACUUAUCGAAAAAUCUGUGGCCAAGAUACAUGGAUGUUAUGAAGCUCUAGUUUCAGGAAGAGCCAUCGAAGGUUUAGCUACACUCACAGGUGCACCUUGCGAAAGUGUACCUCUUCAACCUAGCUCUAUUCCCCUUCCCAGUGAAGAUGACUUAGACAGAGAUCUUAUAUGGGCACAACUUUUAAGCUCUAGAAUAGCUAAAUUCCUUAUGGGUGCCAGCUGUGGAGGGGGAAAUAUGAAAGUUGAUGAGGAUGAAUACCAACAAAAAGGUUUAAGGCCUCGUCAUGCGUACUCAGUGUUGGAUGUUCGAGACAUACAUGACCAUCGUUUGCUGAAGCUGCGAAAUCCUUGGGGGCAUUUUUCUUGGCAAGGUGAUUGGUCGGACGAUUCACCUCUUUGGACUGAUGAGCUAAGAAACGUGUUAAUGCCCCAUGGAGGUUCAGAAGGCGUUUUUUGGAUUUCCUAUGAAGAUGUCCUUAAAUAUUUUGAUUGCAUAGAUAUAUGCAAAGUUCGCACAGGAUGGAAUGAAAUAAGGUUGUUAGGGACAUUGAAACCAUUAUGCGCCUUGUCAUGUGUCCUUCUCACAGUACUGGAACCGACUGAAACGGAGUUUACCCUAUUUCAAGAAGGACAAAGAAAUUCCGAAAAGUCCCAGAGAUCACAGCUGGAUUUGUGUGUGGUCUUGUUUAAAACAAGGAAUCCUGCAAACCCAGAAGUUGGAAGAUUAGUAGAACACAGUAAAAGACAGGUACGAGGCUUCGUAGGCUGCCAUAAAAUGUUGGAAAGUGGAUUGUAUCUUAUUGUUUGCUUAGCUUUCAAUCAUUGGCACACUGGAAUUGAAGAAUCUUUUACGUAUCCUCAAUGUGUUUUGGCAAUCCACAGUUCAAAAUAUUUGCUAUAUGAGCAAAUAUCGCCUCCAACAUACGUUCUUGCGGAUGCCAUUAUAAGCCUUACACUAACUAAAGGGCAACGCCACGAAGGUCGCGAAGGCAUGACAGCGUACUAUUUAACAAAGGGCUGGGCAGGACUUGUUGUUAUGGUAGAAAACCGCCAUGAAAAUCGAUGGAUACAUGUCAAGUGUGACUGUCAGGAAAGUUACAACGUAGUGUCUACUCGUGGAGAGUUGAAAACUAUCGAUUCUGUUCCGCCAUUGCAAAGACAGGAGAUAUUUCUGCCUACAAUCGGUUCCAAAUGCAGCUUCAGAUGAUUCCAUAGGUGGCCGAUCCGGGUACAGGAUGAAAAUUUUUGCUCCAACGUUUCCUGUACAUUCGGACAAUGUUCAUUUCAAUGAUCGACAUCUGCUGUUUGGAUCCCCGGGGCGCACCGUAUUUAGCUUUAUGGAAGCCCCUAAGCCCUUCGUCACAGUCGCGCAGUUUCCAGCCAGCGUCAGCAGUCGCCCGGCCCUGUGUACGAAGAAGGCAACGGGGCUCUCCAACCGCCGAUACCAGGCAAGUACCCUUGUUUAUUCUGCGAUUCGUCCAGUGACUGCUUUUCAAUUUGCAGACCUCUCCAACUCGAUUUUCACCUGAAAUGUUCCAAAAAAAUGCCAAUGAACACACCUGACAACCACUCGCUAAAGGAACUAUCUGAACAUAUGGCGAUCGGAUCACCGGGACGCACCGAACUUAGCACAAUGGACGCCCCAGAGCCCUUCGUCACAGUCGCGCAGUUUCCCGCCAGCGUCAACAGCCGUCCCAGCCCUGUGUUCGAAGAAGGCAACGGGGCUGUCCAGCCUGUGCAUGCAGGCAAGUACUCAUGUUCACUCUUUAUCCGACCAGUCAUUGCCCUUCGCUUUGCAGACCUAAUUUUGGCCCGUCUGUGAGGCAAGAUGUUCUAUGCAUGGAAACGUCGGGAGUAAACAUCACCAUCUCUACUGGGUUAACUACACCGGGACGCAACGAAUCAGGCUUUUGGGAGUCCCCUGAACCCAUCGACUCAGUCGCGCUGAUUCCAGCCAUCGUCAGCAGUCGUCCCGGCCCUGAGAUCGAUUGUGGUGACGGGGUUCUCCAGCCUGCCCCCGCAGGCAAGUACACAGUUACGAUUAGUUUCCGCUUGGUGAUGGAACGUCGUGACUAUAUUAGCAUUUUCUACCAAAACGUCGGUGGCAUUAACUCUUGCGUUAAUGAGUAUUUGUUGCCCGAAUACGAAAAUAUUGUAACAUAACGGUUCCUGUAGAAGUUAUAAAACGUUUAGAAACAGUGUAAAAAACGUUUAGAAAAUGAUAUCUGAAACCAUAAAAAACAUUGCACUUAUCUUGAAUUCCAAAACGACGGUCUGUUGAAUAUGGCGUUAAGUUAUGUUACUGUUUAAAACUGUUAAAACCUUUAUAUGGAGGAACUGCACUACAAACAGUUUGAAUAACGUCCAGAAACCGCUCUUGGAAAACGUUUUCAGACAACCAAACUGUUAAUAUUACAGUUUUUCGAAGAGUAAUCUUGUAUCUAAACAGUAACAUUAAUAGUAAUCAAACGAUUCAAAAUAACGUAUUCUCCAACGUUAUCCAGAACCGUAUACGUCAAUGGCGGACUCACACAUACAUAGAUGGAAAUAUUAUGGAAAUUUUCGGAUGUUUGAUAUCAAUAAAAAUUUAUUCACAUUAUCUUUAUUGAACUUGAUUUACUUACAUACGGUGAGAAACUAU